CGAUGUAAACACACUGACUUCCUGCACCAAGGAAACGUUGCAGAAACCCUAAUCUGUUCAGACCACUUCCAGUUUUAUGUUGCAUGAUCCGGACUGACAGUAUGGAAGAAUUUCCGCAGAAGUUUAGCAAAGUUCUGGUAACUCCAGACCCACACUACAUACCUGGCUAUGCGGGAUACUGCCCCCAGUUGAAGUACCACCACGGACAGACCUACGGUAAACUGACGGCGCAGCUGCUGUCGUCUCCCGAAGCGUCGCUCUCGCGCCGCCUCGUGCUGCAGACGGCGCGCGCCGCACUCCCGGAUGCAGACAGUGAGCAGCAGCAGCAGCAGGAGGAGGAGGAGACGUGCAGGAGUCGCCGUGGUGACGGCAGAUAUUCAGGGAGGAUGAUUCCAGGAUACACAGGCUUUGUCCCCAAAAGCCAGAACUACUUCUCCCGCAGCUACGCUGAAACUUGCCGGAGGGCUCUGUCCGAGUUUGAGAGAGAGCGCAGGAAGCGGCUGCACGUGGCCGCACUGGCCGCUCCGUCGCCUGUCGAGAACAAGGCCGCGCCGGAGCUCAAAAGCACCAGACAUCAUGCUCCACUGACUUCCAUCUCCAGAGAGCCCACCGCUUACAGAUCUCUGAAUCAAUGGAAGCCACUGGGGUCCCCUUACCUUAUGGAGGACAGCAAUCCUAACAAGUACUUUAUUUCAGGUUUUACAGGCUAUGUACCCAAGUCCCGUUUCCUCAUUGGUAUGGGAUACCCGGUCACGACCAACAAAGCACUGAUUCAGUUCAACAGUGAGCGGAGAAGGCACAUCAGCAACACUCAGCUUCCUGGGAAAGAUGAAGCUGUUCUGCCUCCUCUUGUCAACAUCUACUCCUCUGACCAGGGUUUGCUACCCUCAUACACUGGACAUGUGCCAGGAUACAAGUUCAGAUACGGCCAGACUUUUGGACAGCUUACCCAGAAUUCUUUAGAUGUGCGAAGGCAGACAGAGGACAACGAAUAGACAGGAGAAAGUGAACUGCUGUAGUAAGCUGUUGAAGAAUGGAAAUUAAAAGGAAUCAAAGCGAUUCAUUAAACCAAACAAAAAAUGAAGCAUCAUUGUGAAAUCAGGUCAAAUUAUUUAUUUAGUUGCCUGGUUUUUAGGGAAUAAUCAUAUCAAUGAAUUAUUGCACAUCAUGACCCAAGGAGGGUUUAUUUUCAUUAAGAAGAUAUCGCAAGUGAGAUAUCAUUUUAUGCAAGAUUUUGUCAUUUCUUUUAUAGCAGCUUUGUGAGAGAUUUGUCACUGGUCAUCUGCACUGUUAUUUCAAUUCAAUUUUUUAUAAAGCGCUCUUCUCAUGCAGACACCAGGUUCAUUGGUGAUGUUCUCCUUUCAAACAAAAUGAGUUUCUAAGGCAUGCUAUAUAGAUCCUGAAAUACUUCAAAAUGCAGCUAGAUUUUCUUAAGGUUUGUAGUUGAAUAAUAUUUUCACUCUAUUGUACCUUCUGUUGCAUUUCAUAUUUGCUGUGGUAAUCAAAGUAUU